GGCUGGAGAGCAGUACGUCUCACACAGAGGUAAGACCGGAGGAGAGGGACUCUACCCGGGGACACAGAGGACGGUAAACCCGCCUGAACCCACUCUACGCACUAAGAAAUAUCUGUGAAAUACUUUAUGUGUCGACUGAAUAUACAGUAUUGGGAUGCGCCACUCGUGCGUAAAAAAGCCUGGCACCGUCUCCAGAGCGCCCACGAAGCACCGGGAGGAACCCAUACAUAACCAUCGUUAAACCUUAUUGUUGGACACUGUCAACCUUUUUCAAUACUCGUUUAAAAUCCCAGCACCGGGGGAGGACAGAGUCAGAGGGAGGAGGAGGGGAAGGAAAAACAAAACGCAUCAUCGGCAGACUUGAUCCGAAAAGGAAAAAGUGAAGGAAGGAACCCGAGUGGAGAUUAAACAAAGUGUCACAUUUUUUGAACUGGAAAUGAAUAAUCAACCCUGACAAAGCUGACAGCGGGUGGCUUAUUGAGUAAGCGUGAGGCAGAGCGUCCGGAGCGUUUUCACACCGAGGACACCAAACAGAUUCCACAUUAACCGCGGACCAACUCUCCGUGGAAACUACAAGCAUCUGUGAAACUACUGACCCUGAAUGAACUAGUGGACCUGCAGAUACCUUCUUAGUGACUUGCUGGUGGUCCCUGGACCUCAGUUUGGGAAAAGAGGAAAGACUGAUCUCUUCUUUCUACUCUGCAGUGAUGUAAUGGAGGGUUAACACACCUUAACUUGACCUUUUUGUUUGCUGAACUGUGCAUAAUUAACUUUUAAGGGUCAAUGACAAAUUCAUGUGAUGUCUGAAAACUAAGUCCAAUACACUGUUUCUCUAAAAAAAAUAUUUAUAAUUUAAAAGACAACAAAAGGUCCAAGGCACUCUUUCUUUAAAAGCAUUUAUUUAGAUUGCUAUUUCCUAUCCACAUCUUACAUUAAAAGUAGACCUGGGCAGCAACCCACGCUCAUCGGCACAAAGCAGCCUUCUUCACUUUUUCCCUUCCUAAUUUUAGAGGUUUUUUUUCUUUUCAUCCCACAAUGCUCAGAGACUCUUAGUGCGUCUUCAAAACAUGGAGAACGUGUCCAUCCCUGGUGGUGUGCCACCGCCAGUCUGCAACGACUCGGUGGACUUCUACUCCCUUGCGUCAGGCAACCGCACUGACCUGAACUGCACUCCUCCGUCUGAGUUUUACUUCUACGCUGACCUUUACAUAAUUUUACCGGUCAUCUACUCUGUAAUCUGUGCCGUGGGGCUGACAGGCAACACAGCUGUCAUCUAUGUGAUCCUCAAAGCCCCCAAGAUGAAAACGGUCACCAACAUGUUCAUCCUGAACUUGGCCAUCGCCGACGACUUGUUCACUCUGGUGUUGCCGAUCAACAUAGCCGAACACCUGCUGCACUACUGGCCUUUUGGCGAGGUUUUGUGCAAAGUCAUCCUGAGCAUCGACCACUACAACAUCUUCUCCAGCAUCUAUUUCCUGACAGUUAUGAGCAUUGACCGCUACCUGGUGGUUUUGGCCACGGUGAGGUCCAAGCGCAUGCCGUACCGCACCUACCGAGCAGCCAAAAUCAUCUCGCUCUGCGUCUGGAUCCUGGUCAUCCUCAUUGUCCUGCCUUUCAGCGUUUUCGCCGGCGUCUACAUGAACCCAAACGAUGGCAGGAAGAGCUGCGUGCUCAGCUUCCCCAGCCCCGAGAGUUUGUGGUUCAAAGCAAGCCGGAUCUACACGCUGAUCCUGGGCUUCGCCAUCCCCGUCUCGACCAUCUGCAUCCUGUACACCAUGAUGCUCUACAAGCUGAGGAACAUGCGGCUCAACAGCAACGCCAAGGCGCUGGACAAAGCCAAGAAGAAAGUCACCAUCAUGGUGUUCAUCGUCUUGGCCGUAUGCCUGUUCUGCUGGACGCCGUUCCACCUCAGCACCAUCGUGGCUCUGACCACAGACCUGCGGACUACGCCGCUCCUGAUUGGCAUCUCCUACUUCAUAACCAGCCUGAGCUACGCCAACUCCUGCCUCAACCCGUUCCUCUACGCCUUCCUGGACGAUAGCUUCCGGAAAGCCUUCAAGAAAAUGUUGGAAUGUAGACCGGCCUGAAUGUACGACCCAGGGAAAAGCCUGUCGCAGAAGUCCGCAGAGACUUGCUGAGCGAGGACAUGGACUGUGAUGAAUUUUUUAUUUGAUUUGGUUCGCUUUGUUAAAGCUGCACUAGGCAACCUUGCGCAUUGUUUGCACAUGAUAGCAAAUCUUUCAUUUAUCUUCGAUACACAGCAAACAUAUAAGAUUAUGUCUGUAAACACCGCACAGCAUCCUGUGACAAAAACCCAUCUAUAAAUGCUUUAUACUAGGGAUCAACUGAUACUGGUUUUUCAAGGCCGAUUCCGAUUAUUAGUAGUUCAUGAAACCGAUAACCGAUUUUUUUAAUAAAUAUG